UUUGAUUGAUCGUGUAUGCUAAUUAUUUUAAAAGAUAUGAUUAAUUGUAUUUCAUUUAAAACAUUUUUGUUUGUGAUUCAUAUUUUCCAAAUUGUAAUUACACAAAAUAAUAUUUUAAAAUUGAACAACUCAAAGUUAAAGCACUUAACACAUUUUAAUGUUGUCACGAAACGUUCUGAACUUGAUAAAAAAUGCCUUAUAAACGUUGGAAUCGGAGCAAUUGCACCUGAUUUUCAAAAUGGUUCUAAAAGGUAUUAUGGCAUGUCGCCUGGGUUUUCUGUUGCUGGAGGUUUAAGUUUUCUUGGUUCAGGAAGAGGCCAUCAAAAUUCAGGUCACAGAGAAUGCAAUCAUUCAAAUGAAUGUGAAUCUCAAGACGAUCAUGGAUAUGGGUACCCUGAUAAAACGCAUGGUAAUUAUGCUGGAGGAGGAGUUUCUUUUUCACAACACAGCGAACCAAACUGUAUGAUGAUGCAUAAUUCACAAAACGGACACAUGUUUCAUGGUGGUGCCCUUCAUAUGGAUGCUGGUGGUCAUCUAUCUAGAUCACAUCACGGAAUACAUGGUCAUGGAAUUGGAGGAGGAGGUGGACACGGAGGUCAUCCUGAUCAUGAAUGUCAUGAACGUCAUGAAUGUCAUGGAAAAGAUCAUUCAUGCGAAGGAUUUGGCGGAGGACACCACCAGUUAAUGCAAGUACCUUUAUCUCCUUUGCCACAAGGGUUUCAUCAAGGCUUUGGUCCAUCUGAAUGCGAAAACCAUGAGUGUGAAAACCAUGAGUGUGAAAAUCACGAUGACGACGAUUGUGAACAAGAAGAACGUGAACGAGAAUACGAUUUAGAUAGAGGGGGUUGUGAAGAAGGACAUUGGCUAAGAGAAGAGAAACAUAAAGCUUCGGACAUGGAAAAUAAUCAUCCCCAAAAAAUUUUAAAAACAGCCAGUCACAGUUCAAAUAUAAAAGAACACGAAGAAAUAAAAGAUAUUGACGGGUCAAUAGUUUCUGGGAUAAUCAAACCUUCAAAAGGUACUGAAACAGGAACGGACGUUGAAAACGAAGGAUUUUUUCCAACAAAACUUUGCAAUAAUAAUCAUGUUAGCGGUGAAACCGGUAUUGUUUCAGCUGGAUUAAAAGGCCGCAAAAAGAAGUACGGCGAACUACAAUGGGAUCAAGAUAUAAAUGGAAAAGAUGAAACUGAAUUACACCGAGCUGAACAAUAUGUUGGGUAUGAAAAUCAUGAUUGUAAUCAGGAACAAAAAAAAACAUUUCAAUCAAAACCUUUAUUGAAAGAGGAAGCAAGAAAAAAACCAUCUGAAAUACUUCACCUCAGCAACCAAAUCGGUAUCAAGAAUGUUACUAAAUCUAAAGCAAAAAGCACAGGAAAUGCAUCAGGUGCAACAACAGAUAAUCAGUUAGGUGAUAACAUCAAGUUAGAAAAGGAAAAAUUUCGAAAACAAAAAGCUGACAAUUUUUCAUUACCACAUAUUAUUCAAUCGGAAAAAAAUAAUCUUUCAGUCAAUAAACAAAAUAAAAGUUUUCACGAUUUAGUUAGUAAUGUAAAAGAACGGCAUCUGACAUUAGGUCAAGAAUCGCUUACAAUGCCUGUAUCUUUUGUUUCUCCGCAGAGGUCAGUUCUUCCAAUUAAUUCUUCUUUUAUAGAAAAUGAAAAGAAUAUUAAUAGUCAAUAUGCAUCUAAUUUUAAAACUUUACCCGGGAAACUACUAUCUUAUCGUAAUAGUAGCAAUACUUCAGACAAAGACAAGUUUGAGUACAGUAGUGAGUAUUCUACAAUGUCUUCAAACUUUGAGUCAAAAAGCGAGUUUAACUAUAAUCGAUCGAGUUACAACUUCACAGUAAAAUAUAAAUCUAAACAUCCAGAAUAUAAGUAUGAAUAUAAAUACGGAACACCUACUUCCUCAACAAAUACCACAGAUGAAAAUAAACAAUUAAAGGUUGGUAACAAAAUAAAAGACGAGAAAGUAAAAGAAGCUAAAGAAGAAAAAGAUUUAAUUACAAGUGUAUUAAAUAACGAAGUAGAAAAUAGGACGCAGAGUUCCGAAGAAAAGCAUAAAAAAAUGUACCAAAAUAAACUGUACGUUUUUCAGUCUGUAAACCAGACCUCAAAUAAUCUAAAAUCAAAUAAUCUGUCAGCUACUGCUCCAUUGUUAGAAAACGUUUUGCCUCUUAAAACUCUUCGUCCUGACACCGCUUAUAAGAUUAAUGAUAUUAAAGAAUCUCUUGUUGAGAAAACUUCAAGUAAAGAAAGCAAAAGUAAAUUAUUAAAUACAAUAUUUCCAAAACAAACUAAAAGCUAUUCAAUAUCGGUUAAACAAACCGAAAAUAACCAAAAAGUACCAAAAUUAAAAACAGAAGAUAAUUCAAAAAUAAUCGCAAAACAAAUCGAUAAACAUGAUAAAAAGAUAGUCAAGGAAAAACAAACCGAAAAAAAUGAUGAAAAAGAAACCAAAAUAAAAGAAACAGAAAAUAAUAUAAAGAUUGAUAGUGCAAAGCCAUUAGAAUUCAAUUCUAAAGUAGCAAACAAAAAGCAAAACAAAAAUAAUACCAAAAUAGGUAUUCAAAAUCAGAGAGAAAAAAAUGGAAAACUAAAUAAUGAAAAACAAACUAAAAACAAUGCAUAUGUCAACUCGAAAAAACCUACAAAAAUCGAAAAAGUUAUUAAGAUAAAAGAAACGACUGAAGAUAAAUUUCCAUCAAUUGAAGAUAACACACCUCAAGAUCACCCAUCAAAAAUACAAGAUGCUUUAACAGAGACAAGUACUAACCGCGACAAUGAAAAACAUUCUACUUCUAAGUUGGCUAGUUUAAUAUCGUUUACUGUAAAGAAAAAGAAACCUUACGGUUCCAUUUUAAAAGAAGACAAUGCUGCUUAUCAACCAUUAACUGUACAUAGCAAAAAUUUAGAUUUGAUUAUUUCACCUAUCCGUUGUGAUAACUGCGAGCGUCGAUUAAUUGAAGCUUCUAGUAAUCACACGAUGAAACAUUUACUAAAAUAAAAAAAUAUAGAAGAAUAAAGCUUCAUGUACCUAAAUUCGUAAAAAACACCUAGCUAAUAUAUAAAACUUAGUUAUUACAUAUAAAACUUGGUUAUUACAUAUAAAACCUGCUUAAUACAUAUAUACUAUGGUGCCAUAUAUGAUAUACUUUUAAUAUAUGAUCUACUUUAAAUGGCUUAAAAGUAAGAGAGAAGUAAAUUUUAUUCAUUGAUACAAGAAAACAAAAAGUUAAAAAAAUUAAAAAAUGCCUUUUUAACUUUGAGUUAAUGUAUAUGUUAAUACAUUUUUUUUCUUCAUUUUAUAAAUAAAUAAAAUUAGUUUCCUUAGAAAAAUACGAUUUGAGUUGUCAAGCUCCAACAUCAACAAUUAUUGAAGGUCGAGUGAAGACCAACGAUCCCUCUAGAACGCAUGUUUAGAUUUGGAGUUGUAAAUGUGGCUCUGAGUAUUUUAUAAUUAAACAAAAAAAGUUCAUAACACCAGCCUUUACAAGUAUAUACAGAUUUCAUUAAUUCACAUUACAGAAAAACCACAAAAAUUUCUUUUUAAAUUUGAAAGUUUUAAAAAUGCUGCUUCGCCAGGUUUUAAUUGAUAUAAUGAUACUAAGUAAGUAUAUGAUUUUAAAAUUGUAAAUAAAAAAAUCGUAUUUUUUCAUUGUUGUACUGUAAUUAAUUAUAAUAUGAAUACAAUAUGGAUGUAAUAACAAA